UACUACCUAUAUGUAGCAACCGGCGCCAUCAUACACUAUACAGCAAACAGACCACCACGUUUCGUGCAUACCUCCUGGACACGGGUUGCUUCGCCUCUUCUGAUAUAGCUCUGGCGGCGGCGUAGUUCUACUACUACAACAGCAUCGCCGGCUCUCUCAACAUAACGCGUAGAGGGAGAGAGAUAGUGCGUCCAGGAAUAUCCAGGAAUUUCGCAUGCAUCGUGGAAAGAAGGAUCUCUGCAUGGGAGUUCACGGCUAUCACCGUGCGUAAGGCCUACAAGGCGACGGCGAGGGAGAGAAAUUUACCGCCCAGCAACGUUGGACGUCGACGUCCCCCCCUUUGGAUUUACCGCUAUCUUCGGUGCAACGCGGAAGCAGAGGUAGUUGAGAGAGAGUUACUACAACAACGAACGCCCGAGGGCUUAAACAAGAAGCAUGCCGGCUAGAAAAGGACUCCUAGCGCCGCAGAAUACUUUCCUGGACACGAUAGCGACUAGGUUUGACGGCACGCACAGCAAUUUUGUGCUGGGGAACGCUCAGGUGGCCAAUGUGUACCCCAUCGUCUACUGCUCCGAUGGGUUCUGCGAGCUCACGGGGUUCGCGAGGGCGGAGGUCAUGCAGAAGGGCUGCGCCUGCAAGUUCCUGUACGGCAACGAGACCAGCGAGAUCCAGAUUAGUCAGAUCGAAAGCGCCUUGGAAGAGAAAGAUGAGUUCAAGACGGAAGUCAUGUUUUACAAAAAGAACGGGACGCCAUUUUGGUGUUUACUGGACAUCGUCCCCAUCAAGAACGAAAAGGGAGAAGUGGUUCUGUUCCUCGCCUCUCACAAGGACAUCACGAGAACGAAGCUGUCCAGCAUGGAUUUGGACGAGGCGGAAGCCAACGAGCAAGGACCCACCCCAAGGUUUAAGGGCGCGUACGUUAACGCUUCCUAUGGAAGAAGAACAGGUCAGCAGUUUCAGAGGCGGAGAAGUCGAGCCGUGUUGUACCAACUAUCCGGCCAUCUACAGAAACCUACGCAGGGAAGAAGCCGGUUGAAAAAGCUUAACAGCAUUGAGGCUGAGCGUAAUCAAGCCCGAGCACAAUACACUAAUGGGUUUAUAUCAGACAAGAUGGCCGUCCCGGAGUACAAAACAGAGAGCAUCAAGAAACCCCAUUUCGUCCUCUUACACUUCAGCAUGUUCAAGUCAGGCUGGGACUUUAUCAUAUUGUUAGCGACAUUUUACGUCGCAGUGGUUGUACCAUAUAACGUGGCGUUUGCCCUUCCUUGUGAGAAGGGCCGGGGUCCCAACUUCACCAAACCUUCCUUCGUCAGUGACGUCAUCGUAGAAAUGCUCUUCAUCGUAGAUAUUAUACUUAAUUUUCGCACUACUUACGUGACCUCGUCCGGUCAAGUUGUGUACGAUGCGAGGUCAAUAGCCCUGAACUAUGCCAAGACCUGGUUCUUCGUGGACCUCAUGGCAGCUGUACCGUUCGAUCUUCUCUAUGCAGUCAACGUGGAAAUCAAUAUUCUAGGCGAGUCACCGAGACCCACAAGGCCGAAUGAGGUCGACCAGACUUCUUUCGUGCAUCUUAUGAAAACGGUCAGGUUGCUAAGGCUUGCCAGACUAAUGCAGAAGCUGGACAGGUGGUCGCAGUACAGUGCGCUGGUGCUAACCCUUCUGAUGUCAUUCUUUGGGCUCCUCGCUCAUUGGUUGGCGUGCAUUUGGUACGUCAUAGGCCGCGAGGAACUGAAAACCCAUCGCUGGGAAUUGGGGUGGUUGUUUGAAUUGUCGAGAAGAAUAGAUCAGCCUUACGCUCUCGGUGCAGGAUGCGGCACGUUAGCCAACAGGUCUAUUUUUAACUCGACAAGUAACUUCACAGAAGGUACAGACUUACUUAGACCCUCGGAAGGGGGACCCGACAUCACAAGUGCCUACCUUACAGCGCUCUACUUUACAUUAAGCAGUCUCACCAGCGUUGGCUUCGGCAACGUUUCCGCCAACACCAAUGCUGAGAAGAUAUUUUCUGUGUGUACAAUGAUGAUUGGAGCCUUGAUGCAUGCGGCGGUGUUCGGUAACGUAACGGCAAUCAUCCAGAGGCUUUACUCCAGACGGUCCGAGUACCACACCAAGACUAAAGACCUGAAAGAGUUCACCAAGCUGCACAACAUCCCCAAAGCGCUCAAGACAAGGAUGCUGGAAUACUUCCAGGCGCACUGGUCGGAAAACCAUGGGAUAGACAAAGUCGAUAUGAUGAAAGACUUUCCUGACGAGUUACGAGCAGACAUCGCCAUGCACAUGCACAAGGAGAUCCUGUCUCUGCCUCUCUUCGAAAACGCAAGUCAGGGUUGUUUAAGGUCCUUGAGUCUACACAUAAAGACUACAUUCUGCGCGCCAGGGGAGUACUUAGUAAGACACGGAGAUGCUAUGACAACGAUGUACUUUGUCUGCAGUGGUUCCUUAGAAAUCCUAAGGAACGGUAUGGUACUUGCUAUUUUAGGAAAAGGAGACUUGUUUGGGGCGGAUCUGGACGCGGUGGAUAACGUGUCCAAGUCGAACGGGGACGUCAAGGCCCUGACCUAUUGUGACCUCCAGUUCAUCCAGUUGCCGAAGCUGAAGGACGUAUUCAAGCUGUAUCCGGAGUUUUUCCAGAAGUUGACAAGGGACGUCAGGCAUGACUUGACCUUUAACCUCAGGGACGGAUGUGACACAGGAGAGGAGAGAUCACGGAGUUAUACCAGGAAGCAUGAUCAGGACGCGGCCGACCACGUACCGAAGUUGCCGUCGAUUAGCGAAGAUGACGAACUGGAAGAUGACGAUGAUGCUACGUCAUCGCCGCAGAGUCCAGAAGAAAAACCGGGAGUACCAAAACCGCCAAGGUUAAAUCUUCCAAGGAACUCUUUACCAGAAUCUUCAACGACGAACCUCAGUCCAAGAUCGAUAGACGGUAGUGAGGAAACGUUCGAUAGGUGGUCAGGCAGCCGUGCUUUCGAGUUUCCUUCCCGGAGACGAAGUACAGGAAUGACUGGCCUAGAGGCGCGGCGAACCAUUCGGUUUGUCGAUGGAGGGGAGGACGAAAACAGCUUGUGGAAGAGCAGAAGUUUUGAGUUCCCGUCCCGAAAGCGUAGCCCGGUGUCGGGCAGGAGGCAUCGGUACUCGUUCGGGUGUUGUGAGACGGCGUACGGGCGGCCUCCCUCCGCCCUCCAGCCGCCGUCCUCCGGCGCAGGCGCAGGUGACAUGGACUACCUCACUGUACCAUACACCCCCGCAGGCGAGACCAGACGAAGUUCCGUUCCUUGGGAGAUGACGUUAGAUGACAUUGGGGAAUCGAGGCACAGCUCGACAUCUAAUCUUGACGCUUCGGAGCUGAGAGGAGAGGUGGAGUACACCAGGAAUACGGUGGACAGAUUGGACAAACAGGUAUCAUCUCUAACCAGAGACGUAGCGACCAUGAGUGCAGAUCUGCGACAGCUCAUGCAGUUGAUGCAAGCCCAUGUAGCUGCCACAUCUGGUGCAGCCGUAUCCACCACAAGUUCUCCUACACACCCAAAAGCUGCGGUCGAACGACACCACUCUCAGAGCCCUUCCCUCGCACAGAGCGGACGUGGAUCCAGUUUGGACACCAACAGUAGUUCCAGUAGCCGUGUCACUGUUAUUCCCAUGUCUAAUUCAAGAGAACCUUUGCUUGAAAAACAAGACUGCGUUUUCGAGAGUGAAGAAAGUUUGCCAAGUAGGGGGAGUAGGUCGAGCAGCGUAUCAAGUGCGUCUUCAGCAAGAAAACUUUCUCCGCCAGAUUGUACAACGGACCGAACGACGGCACACAAGAAACCGAUGUAGAGUCUGGCGGGUCUUUUCCGAGCAGUACUGAUUUGUAACAAAACCUUUUUAGACAACUAGUACUAAUAACCUUGUAGAUAUAGCAUUGUUUAGAUCAAUUCUUGUGCAUAUACAUCUCUGUAAAGAAAGAUGUGACAUCUUUCUUGGUUAAUGUUUCUUAGACCCCAUUCUGGGGGAUGGCAGCAGCUACUUACCGCUCAUUUUCUUCUCGAAGACGUCUUGGAUUUUUAAGACAAGUUGAAGCUCUGUAGACAUGACGAUUCCUGGAAUCUGUUUAACCUGGAUGAC